AUAAUUUCCGGCCAAGUUACAGCGAACACCGCAAAUUGUUGGGGGAAGCUCUGUUACGGGCUUAUGCUUAAAUAUUUAUGCAUGAAAAAUUUACACAACAUUGUCAAAACUAUGCUGAAUAAUGUACAAAAGAUUCUCGAAACAAUAGCGCAAUGGCCUGUGUUGGACUACGCAUUGCCGUAUGAUCGGGAAUACCUAGCCCAAUUUCGGCCUGAGAACGUCGUUCCAACAGGAUUCGAAGUAUCAGAGCACAGAAUAUUCAUCGCCACUCCCCGAAUCCGAGCCGGUGUUCCCGCGACCCUGAGUGUGAUUCCUCGUGACUUACCACUGGGAAGCAGCCCACAAUUAGACGCCUAUCCCUCGUGGGAUUGGCAUGGUGCUGGUAAAGGUAACUUUAACUGCUCCGGGCUGAUAUCUGUCUACAGAAUUCGCAUCGAUAAAUGCAACAGGUUAUGGGUCCUCGACAGUGGAAUCAACACCUCUGUCGACGAUUUCCAGGUCGUUUGUCCGCCAAAACUCCUUGUUUUCGACCUCCAGACUGAUCAGCUCGUUCGCCAAGUCAUCUUCCCCCGCGAGGUUCUAAGACCCGAUACACUUCUUACUAACCUUGUGAUAGAUGACACUGAAGCUCGUACUUGCGAUGACGUCUUUGUUUACAUUACAGACACUGUUGGCCCUGGACUUCUUGUCUUCGAUGGAACUGCUGACAGAAGCUGGCGGUAUGUUCACGCAUCAAUGCUUCCAGAUCCAAAUUUUUCUACUUAUCGGAUCGGCUCUGACACAUUCGAGUUGUUUGACGGAAUAGUAGGAUUGACAUUUUCACCAAGAGAAAACUUGGUAUACUAUCAACCUCUGGCGACAGAUCGUAUCUUCAGUGUAUCUUCAUUAGUAUUAAAAGCCGGUCCCCUGCCGUUCGGAGAGCAACUUCCGGUAACAGUAGUUGGGAAAAAGUCUAGCCAAGGAUUAGCAUUAGCAGUUAAUCAACGUGACAAUUCAUUAAUCUUCUCUCCUUUCACGGAAACGGCGAUAGCCAACUGGAGCCCUACGACUAACAAACAGCGUGUCCUCGCAUUCAGCGCCGAAAAAUUGCAAUUCGUUGCUGAAUUAAUGUGGUACGAACGCGACAAUGGAAACAUUUGGAUUUUAUCUUCGAGAUUCCAGAAGUAUUACAACCGUCAAGUUAAUCUGCGGGAAAUUAACCCUCGGCUUCUGAGAAUAAGAUCAAAAUCUCCUUUAUUAGUGCCACCAAAUAAAAAAGUAUUUGUAACAGUGAUAAGAACUGAUGGAGUUCCCGCAAGCUUAACAACAAUCUCAGGAAAAAUCGGAGGAGGUGGUCCCCUUUUAAAACCGUACCCUAAUUGGAGUUGGGCAAGAAAAGGCGACUGUAAUUCAAUAACCAACGUGUUCCGAGUUGCGAUUGAUGAAUGCGAUCGCCUUUGGGUACUCGAUACAGGAAAAAUAAACGAAGAACACGUUUGUCCGGCACAAUUACUGGCGUUUGAUCUAAAAACAGACAUUCUGAUAAAGAGAGUUAAAAUUCCUCGUGACAUAGCAAUAAAUAUUGUUACGAAAAAAGGUUUAUUGGUAACGCCAAUUGUGGAAACUCAAGGAAUUUACUGUUCUAAGACAUUUGUUUACAUCGCAGAUGUCACUGGCAAUGCUUUGAUAAUUUACAACGGUACAAGCCUUUGGCGAAUUGAAUCGCCGAUUUUUCAGCCUCAAGAAGCAGCAGCGAGUGUCACAAUCGCCAAUGAAACUUUUUAUCUUGAUGACGGAGUUUUGGGAAUGGCGUUGAGCCCAAAAUCGUCCACAAAUUCGCGACAGCUUAUUUUGCGACCUCUGGCAUCCUUUGACAUAAUUUCAGUGGAAACUUCAAGCCUGCACAAGUCAUAUGCCAAUGAACCGAUACGAUACACGGUAGUAUCAAGAGCGUUACCCAGUCAAGCGGCAGCAAUGGCUUUCUCCAGCGGUGGAACACUUUUUUUUGGACUCCCUCAUGAUCUUGCAAUGGCUUGCUGGAAUAUUAAUAAGCCGCUUACAAGAGAUAAUAUCGUAGUAAUUGAUAGGGAUCACAACGAUUAUCAGUUUGUAAGCGGUGUUAAAGUUAUUCCUUCGAGAUUCACGAAGAGAUAUGAAGAAUUAUGGAUUGCGACUAAUAGAUACCAAAAAAUAGCAUUAGAAACUCAGAAUUUUAAUGAGAUUAAUUUUAGAAUUAUGAAGAGUCCUGUUAAUAAUUUGAUCAGAGGAACUAAUUGUAACAAUGGUUUUAAUUUCAAAUUUCUGUCGGAUUAUAAUUUAGCGUUUUCUAAUUAUUUUUGA